GGAAGGAGAGGAAGGAGUGGUGCGGGGGGACUGCGCUCUGGGCUGUUCGGCUCGGGAGGUGGUGCAGUGUAGGUGACCGGCCCUGCCCUUUUCACAAGUGCGAAGGACUCCGCCUUUUCCUCCCAGUUCUCCUGCGUAGUUGGGUGAUAGCGCCGCCUUUGGGAACGGGCGCCGCAUGACCCGUAGGAAGAUUCUAAAGAUUAGACUGUAAGAAAGAAAGCAAAGACCAUGUUUCGAAGACCUGUGUUACAGGUACUUCAUCAGUUUGUAAGACAUGAGUCUGAAACAGCUAGCAGUUUGGUUCUCGAAAGAUCCCUGAAUCGUGUACAGUUACUUGGCCGAGUGGGUCAGGACCCUGUCAUGAGACAGGUGGAAGGAAAAAAUCCAGUCACAAUAUUUUCUCUAGCAACAAAUGAGAUGUGGCGAUCAGGAGACAGUGAAGUUUACCAAAUGGGUGAUGUCAGUCAAAAGACAACAUGGCACAGAAUAUCAGUAUUCCGACCAGGCCUCAGAGAUGUGGCAUAUCAGUAUGUGAAAAAAGGGUCACGAAUUUAUGUGGAAGGGAAAGUAGACUAUGGUGAAUACAUGGAUAAAAAUAAUGUGAGACGACAAGCAACAACAAUCAUAGCUGAUAACAUUAUAUUUCUGAGUGACCAGGCAAAAGAGAAGGAGUAGCAUGGACGAUUCUUCUUUGGCCGUUGUUUGACCCUCAUGCUCCAGCUUUUCUUUCUGAUCUGAAUGUGGACAUUUCAUGACUGAAUCUCCAGUUGCCGUCUUGGACCAUGAGGCGAUCUUCAGAAUGGAGGAUGGAAGAAACUGGAAUCUGUGAUCACCAUGAAACCACCACCAAACCAGUUCUUGACAGUCUGCCUUCAGACUGCUUUGGGAGAACAAAUAAACCUCUACUUUGUUUAAGCUA